AAAACGAAAAAUAAAACAGAACCAACUUUAUGGAAGGGGAAAAGAAGCACUUUGUAUUGGUUCAUGGAGCAGCACAUGGAGCAUGGUGCUGGUACAAGCUGAUCCCGCUCCUGAAAUCCAGUGGUCACAGAGUUACUGCUCUCGAUCUCGGAGCAUCCGGGGCUAAUCCGAAUCGGCUGGACGAGAUCAUCACAAUCUCGGAUUAUGCUCGGCCGUUGAUGGAGUUCAUGGCCUCCCUGCCUGAAGAUGAUGAUGAUGGCAAGGUGAUUCUGGUGGGUCACAGCUUUGGUGGCUAUGUUAUAUCUAUGGUGAUGGAGAGGUUCCCUGAGAAAGUGUUGGUGGCUGUUUUUGUGACUGCUGAAAUGCCUAAUCUCGUCGAGCCUCCUGCCAUUCUCAUGAUAGAGAUCCUGGAGAAGACACCAGAGGAGGUCUUUGCACUAUGUGAAGUAGAAUUUGACAAAGAACAGGAAAGGCUUCCGAUAUCAGCACUUUUCGGGCCAGUUUACCUGGAAACUUUGAUGUACACAAACUGCCAGCCAGAGGAUCUGGAGCUGGCCAAGCUGAUGAUUCGGCCAUUCAAGUUCUUCCUGGGAGACAUGUCCAAGGAAUCCCUGCUGAGUGAGGCUCAAUAUGGUUCUGUGAAAAGGGUAUACAUUGUGUGCAAAGAUGAUGUCCUGACGAAGCAGGAAUUCCAGGAAAGGAUCAUUAAGAGCUACCCACCAGAUGAGGUGAAGUACAUUGAAGGAGCUGACCACAUGGCUAUGCUGUCAAAGCCAAAGGUGCUCUAUCAGUGCCUGCUGGAAGUUGCUGAUGAAGAUUGGCAGAGUUGUGAUGCUCAGCUUCAGAAAGAAGGUGGUUCAGCCGAGUGAUCAACCAAAUGUAGCCCAUAUUAACUGCUCGACGAAAUGUGAGCGCAACGUAGUAAUGUGUAGAUGAUAACAAUCAUCAUUUCUAAUUCUGGGGUUAUUGUCGCCUUUGAAAAGGGCAUCGGGUUGUUCAAUGCUAUCAGUUAAUGUUAACAUUUGAGAAUCAGAAUUAUUCCAGUUUCAAAUCCUGCUCCAAACGACAGUAAUAAGACCAUCUUUGAAGA